AGAUUGUGUGACAUAAAAAGAGGGGACAGAGUGUCCCAGGAAGGAACUAGCCUACACACUUAUAUAAAGAUUCCAAUCCUGCAGCGAGCUAGCCACACCACCACCAUCACAGCAGGCUGCUCCAUUUUCUCUCUAUCCAUCUCGCUGUCUGCAUGGCGACAACUUGCUGAUUAAUGCGCCCAUCCCCUCCACCUCCUUCCAUAUCGCCUCUCCAUCUUUCUCUCUCGACUCCUCCUUCAUUUCCAAUCUGAUGGAGAAGCCAAAUUCUUCUUUAUCUCCACAACUUCGCCUUCUGCUUCUGCUUGUCAUCGUCACAGCAAGCAGCAGAUGCAGAGCAGAGAAUAAUGUUGUUGGUGGCAGGGGAAAACAGAGUACUGGUGUGGCCUUCUUCAUAUUCGGCGACUCAUUCCUGGACGCCGGCAACAACAACUACAUCAACACCACCACCUUAGACCAGGCCAACUUCCCACCUUACGGCCGGACCUUCUUCAACUUCCCCACCGGCCGCUUCUCCGACGGCCGCUUGCUCCCGGACUUCAUUGCCAAAUACGCGAAGCUGCCGCUGAUUCCACCCUUCCUACAACCUGGCAACAACAUCGACCAUAUGGCGAUGGGAGUCAACUUCGCAUCCGCCGGAGCCGGCGCUCUCGUCGAGACUUUCCAAGGAGAUGUAAGUGGUGCUCUCGUGAUUGAUCUGCAGACGCAGCUGGGGAACAUGAAGAAGGUGGGGAAAGGGUUGAGGAACAAGUUGGGCAAGGAGGAAAGGGAUGCAAAGAUAUCAGGAGGAGUGUACAUGUUCAGCAUUGGAAGCAACGAUUACAUGAGCCCUUUCCUGACCAAUUCCUCGUCUUCACUCCUUUUCCACGCCUCCAGCUCCAGAUUUGUAGCCAUGGUGCUCGCCAACUUGACCGCAGUUGUGAAAGACAUAUAUGGGAUGGGAGGGAGGAAGUUUGUGUUCAUGAAUGUGCCGACGUUGGGAUGUCUGCCUGCGAUGAGGCUGCUGAUGAAGAACCCUAAUGGGAAGUGCUACGAGGAGCAGGUUUCGGAGCUGGCAAAGCUGCACAAUGCUCGACUUUCGACGGUGGUUCUGCCUCGGCUGGCCAGGGAGCUGAAAGGGUUCAAGUAUUCGUUGUUUGACUUCAGCACCAGUUUGCACCGCAGGAUGACCCAUCCUUCCAACUACGGGUUGAAGGAAGGAGAAGAGGCGUGCUGCGGGACAGGGAAGUGGAGAGGGAUCGACAGCUGCGGAGGGAAGAGAAGUGUGAAGAAGGAGUUUGAGGUCUGCAACAAUCCCACUGAAUACCUCUUCUGGGACUCAUUUCACCUCACUGACACUGCUUACCACCAAAUGGCUCGUGAGAUCUGGAAUCCAACUCCUCCUCCUUCUUCAACCAUCACCAAGACCUCUCCCCUCGCCAUUGUCGGCCCUUACACCCUCCACCAGCUCUUCCACGCUGCCAUUCAUCAUUAGCUCAUCGUGUUUACCUUUAAGCUAGCGAUAUAUCGAGCAUAUACAUAUAUAGGUUAGCUAGUAUAUGGUCUAAUUUCUACUCUUCAAAUGGAUAUUUGGUCUGGGCUUUUUGGUUUUAUUCGAAACCGAACCGUAUAAUCCGGACCGAUAUCAGACUGGGA